AAAGCUGUUUUAUUUACAAAAGUAAUGCCGGCUGUUUUAGAAUACCGUUCCCAGUUGUUUUAAGGUUUUUUUUUUUUUGGUCAUUUUUGGCUCUUUAUUUCUCGCCCAUUUCCGUGUGGUUUUUACACUACGGGUAUAAUGGCGAGCUCGGCUAACUCGAACCCAGUGCUUAAACUGUACAAGACUGUGAUUGAGGAUGUGAUCAAUGAGGUGCGAGAGUUGUUCCUUGAUGAGGGGGUGGAUGAGCAAGUGCUUCUCGAGCUGAAAACGCUAUGGGAGAGCAAACUGCUGCAGUCCAAGGCAGUGGAAGGCUUCCACACUGAGGAGCAGGCAGCCUUGCAGGCUGCACAGCAGCAGCAGCAGCAACAGCAGCAGCAGCAGCAGCAGCAGCAGCAACAACAACAACAACCAUCACAGCAGCAAGUUCAACAAGGGCAACAAAUGACACAGCCAGCACAGCCCCAGCAAGUCAUCUUGCCUCCCCAACAGCAACAAGCUCCCCAGCAGCAAGUUAUUGUACCAGAUUCCAAGAUUCUACAGCAUAUGACAACAACAGGGAUGAGUGCAGCAGCUACGCAAGCAGCUCUUGCUCUGCCGACGGGUGUCACACCCUACCCACAGCUUAUCACCAGCUCAGGUCAGUUUGUGCAAGUUUUGCGUGCACCCAACGGGGCUCAGUACAUCAUCCAGCAGCCACCGCAGUCAAUCCUCCUGCAACAACAAAUGCAACCUGGCUCAGUCCAGGCUCCAGUCAUACAGCAGGUCUUGGCUCCUCUACAAGGAGGCCUUCCUCAAAAUACAGGAGUCAUCAUUCAGCAGCCACAGAUCGUCCUAGCUCCCGGAAAUAAGGUCCAGGGCAACACACAGGUGACACAGGCUGCCGCGAUGGCACCUCAGCCCGGUCAGGCCGCACAGGUGCAGCAGGUUCAGCAGGCCCAGGGGGCAGUGCCACAAGCCCAGGUGCAGAGCCAGGCUCAACAGGCAGCCCCGGGUCAACCUCAGCCUCCCAUGAUGCUGCAGGUGGACGGCGCUGGAGACACCUCGUCAGAUGAAGACGAGGAUGAGGAAGAAGAGUAUGAUGAGGACCUGGAAGAGGAGAAAGACAAAGAUGGGGGAGAAGAUGGGCAGGUGGAAGAGGAGCCACUGAAUAGCGGCGAUGACGUCAGUGAUGAGGAAGACCAGGAGCUGUUUGACACUGAGAAUGUAGUUGUGUGUCAGUAUGACAAGAUUCACAGAAGUAAGAAUAAAUGGAAAUUUCACCUGAAGGACGGGAUCAUGAAUCUUAAUGGGAGAGACUACGUCUUCUCCAAAGCCAUCGGGGAUGCCGAAUGGUGAGCCCAGAAGACCAAGUGAAGUAACGGAAGCAGGAACUCUGUUACUACUCCUAUCCAGUUAAUGGACAAUAUCAAUAUCCUUCCAUAUCCUGCGACUGGAUUUGAUUGCAGGAAGUGUGUAAGGGUCUGACAAAGGACUGCAAGGUCUUCUACUACCAAUCGGAUGUCACUGGUUGGCAAUCGGCAAGCGAGCCUUGAGGGAUGAGAAACCAACAGCGAAAGGGAACACUAUUUGUUUCUCAGCCUAGCUUUGACCUGAAUGAAUUCCCACACAUCCUUUCACAUGACUGAGGACCUGUGUGUGCUGACGUUGAAAGUGUCUCAGUGCACUCCUAGUUGGUAGACAUCUUCAACUUGUCUACACUGAAGUCCAAAUUUAAGAUUGCUGCCUUCACGUCUGCCAAAAGUAAGUUUUGGCGUCACUUUUGUUUUCUUCAUUCUCUGAAUUUCUUUUUGAAGUCCUGUUUCUGAAAAAUAUUGGAGUUAAGCGUUUAAUCUGUCAGUUUUAAACUAUUAAUUUUAAAUUGAAGGGUUAUAACAAAGUUAAUGUUGAACUUAAAAUUAUUUAUACCUGCAUGAAGGCAUUAUUUUAAAUCUAACAAGCAAUGAUUCCAAACUUGUUUUAUUCGUUCCCCCUUAUCAGCUUUUCUGUAGCGUCAUUCCUCUAAGCAAAAUAGAAGCAGAGCCAUGGCUGAAGUUCGAACCGUUCUUUAAAUUGCGUUCUCUCUGUGUAUGCUUAAAGCAAUCAAGUUCAUUCACUUUGCCUGUGCGUUUGUCAACUGCAUCACUGAGCACCCCUUAAACCUCCCCUAAAGGUUGCCACCUUUUGCUGAACGCUGACGCUACUUUUUGUAUUUAUUCAUUGUAGUACAAGGUGUUUAGUUUUUUUUUUUAAAUCGGCACCAAACUGUGCUCUUACAAUCUAAAUAAGUGUUCCUUUUUUUCUGUUGGCUGAACAAAGAUUUGUGACAUUGUUCCUAAUCAUCUUGGAUGUCCCUUUGUGUUUUAGUCUGGAGUUUUAAACGGGCGCGUUUUCUAUUGAAAGAAUUACAAAUGGGGUUUGUUUUCUCUAAAAUGAUUUUAGUGACCUGUUGUUGAAAUUUGAAAUAAAGUACAGUGGUACCUCUACUUACGAAUGUCUCUAGUAAUGAAAAAUUCAGGUUAUGAAACACCUUCUGGGAAAUAAUGUCUCCAGUUACGAAGGAAAAUUCAGGAUAUGAAAAGCAAAAAUUAGGCAGUGGAUUCACAGCCCCAUAAUGCCACCAAACGUAAACAUCUUGUAUCGAGGUUUUGAAAGUGGCACGAUAGAGCUGCUCUCCCAUUGGCUAUCGCCGUAGCAUCUUCCUGGCAUCUCAUUGGUUAGGAAAGACAAUCUUACCCAUUAUGCUUUUCAUUUCUCUUGGACACUCGAUUGUGAAAACCCGUUCAACAAAGAUCGCCCAAAGAAAAAAAGAUGAGUUCCGCAGCUUUCGGCAAGAAUGGACAGAGAGAAGGUUCUGCUGUUUGUCUAAAUUAUAAUGACAAAAUUACAACAAUGAAAUACUCAAAUAUAAAGUGCCACUUUGACACGCGCCCUACUAUGUUUGCAUCAAAAUGUCCUGCGGGGGCAGCUGGAAGAAAGCAUGUCAAGAGCCUACUUUCCAGAGUCCAUUAGUCAGGAGCAAAUCCGUUUUUGGACCCAACAAGGUGAAUGGAAUUCAGAUAGCUUUGCUGGUGCUUUAUCAAUUGUGAGGAAUGGAAAGCCAUGGGGAGUAUGCCAAAAAAUUCGUACUUGAUGUUUCCAAAAAAACAUUUUGACAACUUUGCAUAAAGACAAGAUAAUCAAACAAAUAAAACACGUGCCUAUGUUGGCAAGAACUGUUCACCAUCGUAUCAUCAUGAUGGUAAAUCAAAUAGAAUUACGUUCACGAUGAACGGAUGGAAAUCUCAACGCCUGCAUGUUUAAUCUAACGAUGUAUGAAACCAUGCAGGACCAGAGGUCGCAUUAAUCUUAAGAAAUACUUCUGCCAAAAUUGGUUAACAACAGCGUAACACUGUUAUUUGAAAGAAUUCAGAGACUUAUUGUACUCUAAAAGUGUUGGGUGUCACAUAAAUGUGCAAAUACGGUAGUAUUUAGUUUUUAAAUAUUUAUGGCUCUUUUGAAAUUACAUUUUAAUAUGUUUGGGUUUCAUGGGUCUCUCAGUCAAAAAGGUUCCCGACCCCUGAUUUAGUGGAAUUAAAUUGUGCGCAUGCGUACAUUCGUACGUACAUACGUUUUCUCUCAGCCCUCAAAAUGUUUGCCUCCUCCUCCAUCCCCCACGAUUAUUUUUCCUUGUCACUCACCAUUCUCUCUGCAUUGUCGCCCAAUGUCAAAGAUAAAUGAACCCAGUUUUUUGUAUUAUUAUUUACAUUAUGUACUAUGAAUGCUUAUUUUUGGCGUGGGGCAUGAAACCGAUUAUGCUAUUUACAUGUUAAAAUGCGCUUCUACUUACGAAAAAAUUCACAUAACGAAACUACUUCCGGAAUGAAUUAAUUUCGUAAGUAGAGGUACCAGUGUACUUGUUUUGGGGGGAGAGCUGUUGAGUCAUCUGACUGGUUAGUGGUGUUCACACAUUUAUAUUGUUGAUAUACAUAAACCUUAAGAAGGAAGCAAGACAAUGUUCUUAUGUGUUCAUGUGAGCAACCUUGAUGUCUUUUGGCAUUAAAGCAGUGACAUUUUUUUUCUCCAGAAAUUCAAGUAAUUGAUUUUAUACAGUAGCUCUGUGUGAAUGAUGGCUCAUACAAGAGUCAUGGUCGUUCCCACAUACUGUACUUCAAUGGUGAGUGUGCCUUUUUUGAUUUGUACUCCUGCUUUUCUUGUACUUUGCAAGAAGGGUGUCUGAGAAAUGUCACCUUGGCUCUGUUGUGACUUCUAAUAGCUGUUGAAAUGUAUUGUUCAAUAAAAUGU